UAAUACAACAUCGGAUUCACAUCCCAUCACUCCAAUUGAAACCUGAAACCUGAAACCUGAAACCGAAUAGAUUUAGUGGCCUUGGGAAUUUAUUUUAAAAGGUACGAUCAAAGAAUGAAACUCAUACCCUAAUAGUACAUAAUAAUCUCUCAUUUACAUCCCGUCACUCCAGUUGAAAGAAACUCGAAACCGAUUAGAUUAGAGGCUUCAAACAAGAGGCCCCAAAACCCAAACCCUAUUCUGGUUCACUUGCGAUUAUGGCGUCUGAGAGCGCUUCUCGAUCGAGUUCCGCGGCCGAUUCGUACAUUGGGAGCUUGAUAAGCUUGACCUCUAAGAGUGAGAUCAGAUACGAAGGCAUACUCUACAACAUCAACACCGAAGAGUCCAGUAUUGGCCUCAGAAACGUGCGAUCUUUUGGAACAGAAGGAAGGAAAAAGGAUGGCCCACAAAUCCCUCCAGGUGACAAGGUUUAUGAGUAUAUACUUUUCCGUGGGACUGACAUCAAGGAUUUACAGGUUAAAUCUUCUCCACCUGUCCAGCCUACUCCACAAGUCAACAAUGACCCAGCUAUUAUUCAGUCUCACUAUCCUUACCCGGUGACCACAUCUACAAGUUUGCCUUCUGCUGUAAGUGGGUCUUUGACUGAUCCUAGCUCUCAUACCACACAGCUUGGACUUCCUGGGUCAAAUUUUCUGGGGCCCUUGCCUUUGUAUCAACCUGGAGGGAACAUAGGAUCGUGGGGAGCUUCUCCACCUGCUCCUAAUGCAAAUGGUGGUAGGCUUGCUAUGCCACCAAUGUAUUGGCAAGGGUAUUAUGGUGCCCCAAACGGGCUUCCUCAAUUACAACAACAAUCUUUGCUUCAGCCGCCACCUGGUUUAUCAAUGCCUUCAUCGAUGCAGCACCCAAUGCAGUAUCCCAAUUUUACCCCUCCUUUACCUACUGUAUCUUCUAAUUUGCCUGAAUUACCAUCAUCUUUGCUGCCUGUGAGUGCUGGUACCCCUAGUAUACCAUCUGCUUCCUUGCCUCCAUCUAAUUUGCCUCCAGCACCUUCUGCUUUACCUCCUGCUCCAUCAGCUUUGCCUCCUGCACCGUCUGCUCUAUCUCCUGCAUCUUCUGCUUUAUCUCCCGUACCUUCUGCAACACUUGCUUCUGAAAAUUUGCCAGUAUCAGUAACAAAUAAGGCACCCAAUGUUUCAACUUCAGCAGCUAUGUUAGCUGCUAACUUGCCAUCACUGACCAUUUCUGGUCCAGAUAUAAAUGCUAUAGUGCCACCCAUCUCCAGCAAACCGCAUGCAAUUUCAGGUUCAAGCUUGCCCUAUCAAACUGUAUCCCAGUUUUCUCCUGCAGUUGUGGGAUCAUCAACUUCUAUCCAUACAGAAACAUCAGCACCUUCUCUCCUAACCCCAGGUCAAUUAUUGCAGCCUGGACCAAGUAUAGUUUCUUCAGCUCAGCCUUCACAAGCACCUCAUAAGGAUGUUGAAGUGGUUCAGGUAUCGUCAACAUCAUCUCCUGAGCCAUCUGUGCCAUUUUCUGCUGAAACUCAACCACCAAUACUGCCAUUGCCAGUAACUUCACGGCCCAGUUACAGACCCGGUGUAGCUCCUAUCCAAAUUCAUCAUGGCUAUAAUUAUAGAGGACGUGGAAGAGGAAGGGGAACUGGGGGUUUGCACCCAGUCACAAAAUUCACUGAGGAUUUUGAUUUCACAGCAAUGAAUGAGAAGUUCAAAAAGGAUGAAGUAUGGGGUCAUCUUGGUAAAAGUAAGUCUCAUUCAAAAGAAAAAGAUGGGGAAGAAAAUGCCUUUGAUGAAGAUUACCAAGAUGAAGACAAUGACGAUGUAUCAAACUUUGAGGUUAAGCCUAUUUACAACAAGGAUGACUUCUUUGAUUCGCUCUCAUCCAACGUGCAUGGUAAUACUUCACAGAAUGGAAGGACCAGAUACUCUGAACAAAUCAAGAUUGAUACUGAGACGUUUGGUGAUUUUGUGAGGCACCGUGGUGGUCGUGGGGGCCGUGGCCCUGGCCGUGGUGGACGUACCCGAGGUGGUUAUUAUGGAAGAGGAGGAGGGUACGGCUAUAAUGGACGAGGGAGGGGACGUGGCAUGCCCAGUCGCACUUUGUAGGUGGCAGUUAAUGUUUAGUCAUGGACAUGGUGGAGAACAAGAGCCUAGGUAGCCUCCCCUAAAAGCAUCGUAACUAUGUUAGAGAUAAUGCUUCAUUGUUGUGUUGCCUGUUAUAUGUUUUGCUUCGCAGAAUAAGUAGGACACUUUUUUCCUGUUAUGCUACCCUCUUGUUACUCCUCUACCAAAGUCACUUGGUUUGGUGUAAAGAUGUUUGUACACCAUUUUAUAUCAGCAUAUAUCACCAGGCAGAAGUUUAGACUAAUUUAUUGCCGGAUUUUUUUUAUGCAUGUUAGCUACUAGUUGCUCAUUCAUUUCUGUUAUUCAUUUGUGCUGGGGUGGGAAAUGAUUGAUAUUCCUCCAAUUAUAUAUUUAUUUUUAGGUUUAAA